UAUUUGUAGAUUGUGCCAUUGAAAAAUUACCACUGAGAAAAAGAGAUGGAGCAAGGGUAAUCGAUGGCAGUAAGCAUGCUCAUAAAAUGACAUCAGAGCGGGACGAGAUUGUAUUUCUCAAGCGUCCAGAGGGAAUCGAAAAACAAUAUAGACAAAAGUGUAAAAAAUGUGGUUUAUUGCUGUAUUAUAAGCAUGAUCCAGGAGCAAAUGUAGUAUUUGUAGUAAAAGAUUCGGUAAUCAAAAGUUCUGGGGAGGGCCCUAUGACAGAUAUUUAUAAUCAAGUAGCGAUUGAAAAACCUAAGAAAAUAAUGGUUACCAAGCACACCAAAAAUAUGGGCAAAUUCAGCUCAGUUACAGUGUCCACAAUUGAUGAAGAAGAGGAUGAAAUUGAAGCUAGAGAAGUCGCUGACUCGUACGCGAACAAUGCACGUAUCAUAGAAAAGCAGUUGGAGAGAAAAGGCAUGAAUAAACGAAAAACUAUACCAUCCACUGAAACAGAAUCGAAACGAGCAAGACCAAGAGGGACAUUAUUGGACGUUUAAUUGAUUUUCUAUGGAGAACCACGUGUAAUUAUGUACAUUACGUUACUGUCUUACUGUCCAGCUAAAAUAAAUUUAUUCGCUUACA